AACCUUAAAAUGGUAAUAAACGAGGAAGUCGAGAGUCAACGGUCAGAGCGUUGACCAAAUCUCUCACUCUCACCAGCCAAAUCUCUCUCUCUCUCUCUCCGCCCGAAUCUCACCGGCGAUCAUCUCUCUGCCUCACCGACGAAUCUGAUUUGUCCCUAACACUCACUCACCGGGAAGAAAAAUGGCGACUCCGGUUGAUCCACCAAAUGGGAUUAGGAAUCAAGGGAAGCAUUACUUCUCAAUGUGGCAAACACUCUUCGAGAUCGAUACCAAAUACGUACCGAUCAAACCCAUAGGCAGAGGCGCAUACGGUGUAGUCUGCUCAUCGGUUAACAGAGAGAGAAACGAGAAAGUGGCGAUCAAGAAGAUACACAAUGUGUUUGAGAACAGGAUCGAUGCGUUGAGGACACUACGUGAACUCAAGCUCCUACGCCAUCUUCGACAUGAGAAUGUGAUUUCUCUUAAAGAUGUUAUGAUGGCUAAUCAUAAGAGAAGCUUUAAAGAUGUGUACCUUGUUUAUGAGCUCAUGGACACUGAUCUUCACCAGAUUAUCAAGUCUUCUCAAGUGUUAAGUAAUGACCAUUGCCAAUACUUCUUGUUCCAGUUGCUUCGAGGGCUCAAGUAUAUUCAUUCAGCCAACAUUCUCCAUCGAGAUUUGAAACCUGGUAACCUCCUUGUGAACGCAAACUGCGACUUAAAGAUAUGCGAUUUUGGUCUAGCACGCACUAGCAACACCAAAGGUCAGUUCAUGACUGAAUAUGUUGUAACUAGAUGGUACAGAGCACCAGAGCUUCUCCUCUGUUGUGACAACUACGGAACCUCCAUUGAUGUUUGGUCAGUAGGUUGCAUAUUCGCCGAGCUUCUUGGAAGAAAACCGAUAUUCCCUGGAACAGAAUGUCUUAACCAGAUUAAACUCAUCAUUAACAUUCUUGGGAGCCAGAGAGAAGAAGAUCUCGAGUUUAUAGAUAACCCUAAAGCCAAAAGAUACAUUGAAUCUCUCCCUUACUCACCAGGGAUAUCAUUCUCGCGUCUUUACCCUGGCGCGCACGUUUUAGCCAUUGAUCUACUUCAGAGAAUGCUUGUUCUUGAUCCUUCGAGGAGGAUUAGUGUCACGGAAGCGCUUCAGCAUCCUUACAUGGCUCCUUUAUAUGAUCCGAAUGCGAAUCCUCCUGCUCAAGUUCCUAUUGAUCUCGAUGUAGACGAAGAUGAGGAUUUGGGGGCAGAGAUGAUAAGAGAGUUGAUGUGGAAGGAAAUGGUUCAUUAUCAUCCAGAAGCUUCUACCAUGAACAACACUCAGCUCUGAGCUCAAGUCUUUUAAAAGUGAUUUUCAAAGAGAUCUUUCAAAAUACUUUUUGUAUUUUAUUUCGUGUUUGCUUCUUUCUUACAAUGUUUUGUUAAUAAUAGUGUCGAAGAAGAAAAACUGCAACUUAUAAAUUACGUGAUUUGUUAUUGAAUUAUGGAUGCUCUGUUUUGUUUUUUCUGGUUACACGCUAAUGCGUCUGUAACGUUUUGUACAUACGAGUUCUUACUUCUUA